CAGUAUUCAGUUGCGAAUUUCAUACAAAACGAAACGGUUGUUCAAAACAAAAAAAAAAUACACAAAAAAGCAAAAAAUUCUCAAAAUUAAAAAAAUGCCUAAAAUUUGUUAUUUAUAUAGUAUUUAGUUAAAAGACCACAACAAUUUUUGUUUCAACCAUGAAUAAGUGCUAAAUUAAAUUAAACACAAAAUUUUAAAAUUAUAUCUAUUUAGAGAAUAAUUGCCGAAAAAAAUUCCUUAAAUGAAAGUACAAAAAUUAAAUAAUUUUAUUUCCACCAAAUCUUAGUCGACUUAAGUCUCUUGAAAUCAAAUUUCGAGAGUUAAUUAUUUAGUUGCUUAAUACAAGAAAAUUUUAAAAUACUAAAUUUAAGGAAGAUAUUUUUAUAACAAUAAAAAAACAACAACAGCAACAUGUUAAAUAUGCGCAAUCAACUUGACAAGAUAAUUAUUACCGCUAUGGAUCGUUUUGUAUGGUUUGUUUUACUAGUGGUCAUUUCGCAUCUUGUGACAGAAUUUACUCGUGUCACUGGUUAUACCAGAGGGCCUCGCCAAGAUGUGGUCAUGGUUAACGACUCCUCAAUUCAACCUAUAAGAGUGCAGAAUCUAGUACUGUAUCCUGGUCAGGAAUAUGGACUUUACGAGCAGCAAAACCAACAGUAUUACAACGGCAACAAUCGUUACAACAAUUACGCCAAUAACAAUAAGAACCACAAUACAAAUAACAACAGUAAUUUCUUAAGUAGUUUAUUUAAUCAAUUUAUCAACAGCAACAACAACAAUAACAACCAAAAUGGAGAGGAACAACCACAACAGUUCGAUAAUAGUAACAACAUUAUCAAUGUGCCCAAUGUCCUAGGAGACGUUAGGACAUUCAGUUUUCGUCCAAUUAUCGAUAGUAUAUUUGAGAUACCCAUAUCAACAUUACGUGCAGUCAAUAAUUUGGUGGGACGUUUAACAGGCGGUUAUUUGCAGCCCCAGCAACAGGAUCAACAACAUCAACAAUUGUUGCCACAACAGCAGCCACCAAAAUACUCUUCUUAUCCUUCGUUUCAAGCAUCAUCAUCGGCAUCCUCCUCCUCGUACUAUGGCAUGCAAAAAUCUGCUGGUACCAUACAACAGCCGCAACAACAACCAAAAACACAAUUUGAAAUGUUGAAUCGAAUACAACAACAGGAGUCUGGGGCAAAAGCAUCACCACCAGCAGCACAAAGUUCAAAAAGUGUACAACAAAGAGAUAUGAGUAAAUCUUAAUGGUGGUCUACAGCAGCAGCAUCAUUGAAAAGAAAUUUCAAAGCAAAAUAAGUAAAAGCUACUUAAAUAGCAAAUCGUUUUGUAGUAUUCCUUGGACUGUACUCAGUAAGUGUUCCUGUUGUCUCCUAUAAAAUUGUAGUUAUACGAGUAUUUUAUUAUUAAUAGAUUUUAAUUAAAUUCAAUUGAUUUUAAGGAAUUUUUCUUUCCACCAACCGACAUUGGAAGCGAAUAAUUCUUUGUUAUCUUUGGCUAAAUAAGCACAAAUUGUAUGGAAGUAUCAGGAAAAUUUUUUGUAUAAAAUCAAUAGGAUUUUUUUUCUAUUGCAAUGAAGUUGAAGAUAAAGGUCAAAAGAAGAAGCUUUAAUAUUGGAUUUAAAAAAUGUUUGGCAUUAUAUGGACAAUACAUCAUAAAACAAUAUUUGCUUUAAAUUUAAAAAAUUAUUAAUUUUUAGGGACAAUUUGAUUGAUUGGGGACUUUCUUCUUCAAUAAGGUGGUACGACAUUAUGGAAAAGAUCUUUCAAGUAUUUUCGUGCAAUUUUCUGAUAAUUUCGUGCAAUCCUAUUUCCGAUACUGUGUCCUAAAGGUUAUUCUGUUACUGUGAGUGCAAAAAGUAGUCGGAUGUUAAGGACAUGCUUUUAAUUAUAAAGCGAGUGAAGCAAAACUUUCCAUCUAUUUCUUGCUAAAGAGCUUUAAAUUGAAAUUGGAUAUGACUUUUUAUGAUCUUUCUGGCUUUUAUAUGAAUACCAUGCCAAAAGAACUGCUAACUAGUUGGGACCCAGAAAGAAUUAAUCCUAUUUUGGAUACUCCGUCCUAUAGUGAAAUCUAUUCUUGUGAUAGCAAAUAUGUAAUAAUCAAUUUAAAAAUUGAUUUUGCCGCUCGAAGCACUUUGCUUAACUAGUCGAGCUAUUUAAAAUCUGACAAUUGCUGACCCUUUGCAUUACUCCCGAGAUGCCAAAUCAUCACUUCCACUGUUGAGUCUGACGUAACCGUUAGACCGAAGUACGAAUCCAUCAAAUAAGCCGAGACUUCGCUCUUACUCACAGGAACACAUGCGGUACAUCUCCUAUGAACAAAGUUUACUCUGAACAUACCUGAACAAGAAAGGAAAGUUCAAUGGUGACACCGUUAUAAGAUACCUUAUACGACACACUAAAUCUAGGUUUACAGGUUGGCAAGACCCGUAUACCCCCACAUUCAUCCUGUAUCAUAUAAGUUCAAUUAACACCAACUAAUUUCCCGAAUUAUAGACUUCACCGUGCAUCAGUCUUUUAACCGCAACUCAUUCUUCCUGCGAAACUAGAUUUAAACCACAGCUACUGCGUGGAUCCCGAAUUAACCUCAACCAAGUGAUCGGACCGAACAUAGUACCGGGGCAACUAGCUACCAGAUUAUGUGAUUCUCUUGUUACACCCCAUGUUAUCAUUCCAAGGACUAACCGUGGAGUAAAACUACAUGACUUGUUUAUAGUACCGCCAGACUAGAGGUACUGGUAGCACCUCUUUACCCCUAUUACAAUACUCCAAGAUGAGGGUGUUUCAUCAAGGAAACAUGCCCCGGGGGGGAACUCUUCUAUGGGAAUCUGUUGCAACAACGCCAAACUUAUCCCGAAUUAUAGACUUUACCGAGUAUCAGUAUAACCAACUCUCUUUUCCCGCGAAUUUGAGUUGAAAACAAGACAGCUCUCCAAUGACCGGGACAAUACAAAGUACAAUACUCUGAACUGUGGACUAUCGGUUUCCCUGUUUCUGAUUAUGUGGUUUUCUGGUUCCACCCCAUGUCAAAUCAUUUCAAAUAAUGACCGAGAAUGCAUUUAAUUAUCAACAGUUUAUAGUCUGCACAGACUAAAGGUAUUGGCAGCACGCCUUGUUUCGGAUUCAAGGUAAUAUACCCCGGGGGGUAUAUUUGACACAGAUAGCCUGAAAUAGCCUGACUCUUUUCAGUUUUGAUCCCAAAUGGAGAUCAUUACCUUGGGACUAUUUCUAGUAUGCUUUGGUGUUGAUUCAACUUGUUAUUCUCUAUUGUAUAAGUUUUGCAGCUCACUCUCUUGCACGUAUUUUUAGUAAAGGAUAUAAAAAUGAUGCAACCAAUAAAUUUAAGAAUUAUUUCUGAUGAAAAUUUUUCCUGUUACAGAUUUAUUGUAUCCAUUAUUUAAGCAUUUCUACAAAAAAAAAUAAACUGCAACAAAAUAAAUGAUUCAAAUUCAUUUAACCUCAAUGAUGUUGUUGUACAGUUUGUUAUGUCAAACAAAUUACAAAAAAAAGUAAAAAAGAUUCAUCAAUUUUUUUUCCAUAUAACAUGAAAAUAGUUUGUCCAUAUAAUGCCAAACAUUUGUAGUUUAAACACAAACUCCAUUAAAUGGACUUCCAUAACCUUUUUGUGUAAUUUUAUCCAAGUUAUAUGUAUGUAUAUGAGAGUAUUUCCUUUAUAUCCGUUUCCUUUUUACAGUUGCAUGUAUACAACAUACAUACAUAUGAAUGCAGUGUGUGUAUUAAUAAUAAUAUGUUUGUAUGUGUAUAGUUGUACAACUGUUUAUUGUAUUUUUAGUUGUAGGUAGUUUUAAACUUGUUAUAAAGUUUAGAUGAAUGUAUAUUUUCCAACAUGUAAAGUAGUUCAUGUUUUAACUAUAAAUUAUAAACUAAUGUAAUUUUAUAAACAACAAGAUACUUUAUGGUUGCAUGCAAGUAUACAUACAUACAUAUAUAUCUGUUGUUGUGUUUGUAUUAUUUGUUUCAUUUCUAUGUAUUCUAAAAUAUUACAUAUGUUAUUGUGGUUUAAAUACAACAUAAAAUUUGAAUCUAAUAGUUUUAUAAAAGUCGUACUAAGUGGUAGUAUGGUCUACUACAAUAUACAUAUGUAAGUAUAUAUGUAGUUUUUAAAGUAGUUAUAGUUAUAAUAAUAAUAAUUUAUGUAUAUAUUUAAGUUAAUACUUAAUAUGAAUGUAAUGUUUGUAUGUAUUUAUGUUUGUGAUUAUCUUUGAUGAUAUACAUAUAUAUAUGUUUGUAUGUAUUUAUAUCAAACAGGAUAUAUAAAGAAUGAUUUCCUUUAAAAAUUUAUUGUUUAAAAAAUAAAGUGAAUA